CUGCCGUCGGCGCGAGGAGCAGCACAUGAGCGUUGAACUGUGCAGAGAAAAUGACGGCAGUUUUAAAACGAAGAGUCAACUGGAUAUCAGCGGUCCUCUAGAUGAACGUAAACCCUUCAUGAAAUAUCAGGAAUUAGGGCCAACACUGUGCUUCUGGAUUAAUUGCCCUUCUGUCUGCCUCCAGGACCUUUGAAGUAGGUGCAAAUGCCAAACACCUAAAGCUUUAUAGUGAAGCCUUCUGCGUCUCACAGGAUAGUGAGAAAAUCCGAACACAAUGGGAAACCAGCUGACAGAGAUGGCUCCCAAUACAACGUUUCUGCCUAACUUUCACUCCCUCCAUGUAGUGGUCAUUGGACUGGACUCUGCGGGUAAAACUUCCCUCCUUUACCGUCUUAAAUUGAAGGAGUUUGUCAAAACUAUUCCGACCAAGGGCUUCAACAUGGAGAAGAUCAAAAUGCCUGUGGGCAAUGGACGAGCUAUUACUUUCCAGGUAUGGGACGUGGGCGGUCAGGACAAACUGCGGCCACUGUGGAAGUCAUACACACGUCGCACUGAUGGCAUGGUUUUCGUUGUGGACUCUGCUGAAGCAGAGCGUAUGGAGGAGGCCAAGGUAGAGCUUCAUAAGAUCACACGCACGUCAGAGAACCAGGGUGUGCCUGUGCUUGUAUUAGCCAACAAGCAGGAUCUUCCGGUUGCCCUGCCUGUUAGUGAGGUGGAGAAGGUUUUGGCUGUGCAUGAACUGAGCUCUAACACCUUUCACCAUGUGCAAGGCUGUAGUGCUGUGGAUGGCCAAGGCCUGCAGCUGGGCCUAGAGAGACUGUAUGAGAUGAUUCUAAAAAGGAAAAAGGUGGUGAGGCACAGCAAGAAAAAGAGAUAAGCGGCUUAAUGACCCCCUUUUGGGCACGGUUAUCUUGCUUGUGAACCUCCACAGAGAUUUCUGCGUUAUUGCAGGAUUUUGCCAGGAACAAAGAAAAUUCCAGAUGGCCUUUCAGUGAAAAUGGAUUUGACCUUUAUGGAUCAUGCGGGAUUGAGCUGCUUUCCAUAGUAUUUCCAGUGCAGCUGCUAUUUAUAUCUAAAGACUGCUAUAGAUUGAAAAUGAUAAUAUCAACAGAAUUUAAGCCCAUACUUUUUGUUCAUAUGUGACUGAAUUCAAGAAAAAGGCAAGGCAAAACACUGAUUUGCUUUUAGAGUCAAUUUACAAAACGACUAUAUUUUAGUGCUGAUAUAAAAAUGCCAUUUUAACAUUUGUAUUAAGCUAGUCGUGGAAUUAAUGUUUGACACAGAAUCUAUUAACACUUCUAGUGAAGUUCAGAAUCCUGAUUGUUUUUGCAUUCUGUAAAUAGUUUUUUUGUAAUGUUGAGCAUUGAAUAAAUUAUAGAUGACACAUAAUAUGCAUAUAAGAUAUGUCUUCUUGCAAGACUAUAAUUGUUUGUUAUAUAGUCGUACAGGCAUAGUCGCACAGAAACUGCUGUAUGAACCUUAGAAAAACCAGUUUUAGUUUGUGCCGUUAGAAAUAUGGACUGGGCCUCUAGCUUGAAGGUUUGCCAACGAGAUCUGAUCCUUCUCUUUAUAUACAGAUUUCUUUAGAAUCAAUAGUUAGACUUUUGGUGUGCGAAGAUAUUGUUAGGUGAAAAGUGCCUUCAGCUACGAACUUCAUCCUGUUUAAACCUUCUAAUAAGCCUAAAUGCACUUGUGUCCUUAAGUGGAGUAUUAUGACAAAAAUAGCAGCUUGUCCCAAAUUUAUUUAUAGACACGGUGCUUGUGAUGAAGUCACUGCUGGCCUGUAAGUGUGUUACAAAAAUGCUCUAAGGGAUGCUCAAAGGAGUUUCAGUGUCACCUUAUCUCUGACUGGAGACAUUGUAAGACUAAAAGCAACAUUUUUAAAUGCUAAAUACAGUUGACAAUAAAGUACAUUAGUUGAUUUACAGAUUUUUUAUGAAGUUAGCACUGUGUCUUAACAAUGGAAAUGUUUAAAAUAUUUGUGUUAUAUUUAUUCAUACACAGAGUCAAAUAAAAUGAAAGCAUGAAAGAACA